CGUCCGUCUGUAGCUAGGUCGUGGUGGUGUAGUACCCAAUCCGCGUCCCCUGUGCACUGAGCCUGACCUACGGCGAAGAUUCCAUUUUCCUCAUUCUAAAAUGUCAAACCGCCGAAAAGCCUCGCGUCAGCGAACGAACGUGUAAAACGCGACCGGCAUGACCAGAACAAAAGCUCCCCUGCUGUAUAAAUGCAAUACAAAAACACCCGCAUUUCUCCAACAUCAGCAGCUCCGCCACCGACUCUCCUUUCCUCUUCUUGUGCGACCCCUACCAAACGCACCUUGUUAUUAUAAAUAAAUUUAAAAAGAGAAAUAGCCCCUUAUUUGAAAUCCCCUUCCUUCUUCCAUUGAUUGUAAUUUUAAUCGAAUUCAGGGGUGUUUCUGUCUCUUCUUCUUUUUUUCUUUGACUUUAUGGCGUUUGUUUGGACGCUACUUCUCGAUGUAUUGCAAAGAUGGAGGAUGGCGGUCGAUGUUUUUACAGAGCUGGUGUUAUUCUUUGGACCAUUGUGGAUUGCGGUUUUGAUUGGGGUUUUGAUCGGGUGGGCUUGGAAGCCCAGAUGGGCAUAUUUGGGUAAAUAUGAAUCGGACGGCUGCACGGUGAAGGACGCUGAAUCGGACGGUUGGGCGUUGCCGUUGCUGAGUCUUAGUUCAUGGCCCAUUUCAUAUUGUGGGAUGAAGCAGAUGUUGAAAGAAGCGGAGACCACCACAAUGAAUUCCGAAUGCGGUUCGAUUCGUUUGUCCAGAUCAUUGCCAAUCGAAAACGAGAAGUUGGUAGUGAACAAUGAGGAUUUAGAGCAUUUAUGCCAGCUUGUCGACGCGAAAGAUGGAGGGCCUGCAUGGCAACAAAUGAUGGACCGCACCACGCUGACAAUGAGCUAUCAAGCCUGGCGGAGAGAUCCCAAGGUGGGUCCUACUCAAUAUCGCACCAGAAGCGUCUUUGAGGAUGCAACACCUGAGUUGGUUAGAGACUUCUUCUGGGAUGACGAGUUCCGGUCGAAGUGGGACGACAUGCUUUUAUCUUCUGAGACGUUGGAGGAGUGCCCCACCACGGGGACGAUGGUUGUGCAUUGGAUUCGGAAGUUUCCAUUUUUCUGUAGCGACAGAGAAUACACGAUAGGGAGACGAAUUUGGCAGUCAGGAAAAACAUAUUAUUGCGUGACAAAGGGAGUACCACAUUCCUUAGUUCCAAGACGGAACAAGCCGAGACGUGUUGACUUGUACUAUUCGAGUUGGUGCAUUCGACCAGUGGAAUCAAGGAGAGGAGAUGGCCAGCUGACUGCAUGCGAGGUGCUCCUCUUCCAUCAUGAAGACAUGGGCAUUCCAGGGGAAAUAGCAAAGCUGGGUGUUCGGCAAGGGAUGUGGGGCGCUGUUAAGAAGGUUGAGCCUGGCCUACGGGCUUUCCAAACGGCCAGAAAGUCGGGGAUACUGCCAUCCCGGUGCACCUUGAUGACUCAGAUCAGCACCAAGAUCAAUGAUACUUAUCUGAAAUCCUUGGAAACAACUGAGGAUUCUUCAGAGGUUAAGACACUGAAUUCUCAAGAAAAACAGUUGGGUAGAAACAUACCCAAGUUUCUUAUUGUUGGUGGGGCUGUCGCCCUAGCCUGUAGUCUGGACCAUGGGCUCUUGACUAAGGCUGUUAUUUUCGGAAUUGCGAGAAGGUUUCCUAUGUUUGGAGGAAGGAGGUGAUGAUUCUUCCAUUGGAGACAUGGGUUGAUCCAGAAAAUGUCCAAGCAACUGUUGUAUGUUAGUGGUGAUGGAGCUAGGUAGGUUUUCUCACUUCCCUUCUCAUGAAGAAGAUGAGAGCUUUCAGCAAAAGAUGUAUGUUUUGGGUAACUGGUGUCGGAUCCCCUCCUAUUAGCAAGAGUUUUUCCAGCUACCAAUCCUUGGAAACCGGUGGCGCACCUCAUCCCCCCCUUUUUCCCCCUCUCCUACACUCUGUUUUUCCCUUCCCAUUUUUAGUAGCAAGAUCAGAUAUCAGAUUCUUUUUCCUCCCUUCCCAUUCUUGGUAGAAAGGUCAAUGGGAAGAGAGAUUGUACCAUUGUAUCUGUUAAAAAUAGAAAAAUAUCAUUUCAGGUUUUUUUUUU